AUGGAUCCGGAGCUUGAACCACACUCAUCGGGAUCCGAUGGCCAGGAAGGAGACCACCCGGCACCCAAGAGAGUCAAAAGAGGUUCGGUUCGUCGAAAGCCAGCUUGUCAAGCAUGUCGCCGGCGAAAGGUCCGCUGUGACAAUGCUCAGCCGGCCUGCGGGUUUUGUUGUGCCAAUGAAACCGAGUGUGUAUAUGUCACCCGUGGGGAUGAUGGUUGCAAGCAUCGGCCACCAGAGUCAGAGAUCCACGACCGCCGGGGAAGUGUCCCUAUCAGAGCAGCAGAGUGGCAAAGAGACUACUUGCAGAUUCCUGCAGGCCGAUGUAGCGCUGACACGGUGCUAACCUGGCCCAUCUUCCAAGGUCAAUUCCGAGAGAGCUCUCUCAUCACGACACUUUUUCAUUAUUCGCAUGGAGCAUCUGAAGAUAGACCAACUGAGUCAUGGACCCUGCCAGAUGGACUUCAAUAUACGCCAGACGAGCAGAUUCCAACACUGGUGGAUCGCUUUAUUCAGAAUGUUCACAUCAAGAACCCAAUCUUGGAUUUAGAAUCGCUUAUUCAGUCCGGGAGACAUGCGGCCGAGUUUGGUCUUCAGUGGGAUGCUCGGUCUUGCCUUAUACUCUUAGCUUGUGCGUUGGGUUGUAUCUCGCAACCAUUCACCACUUCCAUCCAAUUUCCUCAAACUGCGAGAUCUCUUCAUGACGGUAUGGGAUGGCGAGCGCCGGGGUUCAAUUCCAGCUCUGGUACACAGUUGCGAGAAGGUGAGGCUUUCUUUAUGAUGGCUUGUAGGAGAAUCGGUCUCUUGCGGUACUCGGUGAUCGGAGCCCAGUGCCAUUUUUUUGCUGGAGUAUAUCUGAUGUACACAUUCCGCCCGUUGUCUGGUUGGAACCAUUUCUACCAAGCCUCUACAUUUUACCGACUACGCCUGCGACUGAUUGACGGACUUGACAAAUCAGUAUACGAAGCAGAGCAACCAGGAGCGUCUGUUACUCAGCGCCUCGACCAAAGUCUGUACUGGUCCUGCUUCAAGUCAGAAGUCGAGAUUCGCGUGGAGCUCCCGCUGCCGCAAUCUGCCAUAGCCGAAUACGAGUACCCAGCCCUCUUCCCCACACCUCCAACUCUAUCAGAGGAAUAUCCGAGGCGCAGAGAUCAGACAUCUGAUUGGGCUAAUUCUGAGAACACAAAUCAAUCACCGCAUGAUGAUCCGGCUGGCCUGCCUGAGCGGGGGGUAUAUAAUCAUGUCUCAAAGCUAUUCAAUGAGGAGCAAAGCUGGUACUACUAUCUUACGGAGGUGGCAUUGAGACGGAUUGGCAAUCGAGUCCUGAAUGCCUUUUACCGAGAAGCGCCUUCGACCUGGUCAAACAUCAAGCCAUUGAUUCCGAUAGCGCUCGAGUUCGAGUCUCAGAUCAAUGCGUGGUUCGCGAACCUGCCACCAGCAAUGCAAACUUAUGAAAGUGACCCGACCCUAAGCAAUACUGGGCAGAGAUAUACGACAGAUAUCCAAGAUUCAAUAUGCAGGGAACUAAGCUGGGCGCUCAGCAAUCGGUUCCUUGAGAUACGUCUAUGGCUUUACCAGCCAUUCCUAUUCUUUGCAGUGCACCACCCUAUGAGUACCACAUCCAUAGCUACGGAGAAUCCUACAUCCUCGCUUACCGAAGAUGAAUUUGGUAUAGUUCAAGGCCUCGUGGAAUCCGGACUAGACUGCAGCAACAAAAUCCUCCAAGCGCGGUGCCUUCGCCAUCGACAUCAUGGCAUUUGGUUCGAUCUUCGGGCUUUGGUGACUGCUUCGCUGAUAUUUAUCGCAUUGGCAAGAAGUGGGAAUGUCAGUCUUCCCAAUAUUCAUCCUGGCGGCCUUCGAAGUCACCUGAGCCGGACACUUGAGGCCUUGACUUACUGGGAAGACGAAGCACCUGAUAUCAAGAAAGCUCGAGGGACGUUGGAUAAUCUGCUUCGAGAUCUGAGCUAG